AUGGCUGCCGCUAUAUCGACUGUGCCCCUGCGAGUGGCGGUGGUGUGCUCGAGCAACCAGAACCGGAGCAUGGAAGCGCACAACAUCCUCAAUAAAAGGGGAUUCAUUGUUCGAUCCUUUGGAACGGGAACCCACGUGAAGCUCCCGGGGCCAGCACCCGACAAGCCAAAUGUUUAUGAUUUUAAAACGACCUACGACCAGAUGUACAACGAUCUCGUUCGGAAGGAUAAAGAUCUCUACACGCAGAAUGGCAUUUUACAUAUGCUGGAUAGAAAUAAGAGGAUCAAGCCACGCCCGGAAAGGUUCCAGAACUGUAAAGAUAUUUUCGAUCUGAUCCUUACCUGCGAAGAGAGAGUGUACGAUCAGGUGGUGGAAGAUCUGACUUCGAGAGAGCAAGAAACCUGCCAGCCGGUGCAUGUGAUCAACGUGGAUAUCCAAGACAACCUUGAAGAAGCCACCCUGGGGGCGUUCCUCAUCUGUGAGCUGUGCCAGUGCAUUCAGCACACUGACGACAUAGAUAACGACAUCGAGGAGCUGCUGCAGGAGUUCGAGGAGAAGAGCGGCAAAACCUUCCUGCACACAGUCUGCUUCUACUAA